AUCGUUUCCUUUUUUUAACUGGCACUGACAGAUUCCUACUGCUGAAUCCCUUGUGGUUAGAGUUGUUUCAUCUGUUGACAAGAAGCUGGAAGUCAAAUCUCGAUUUCUCGAAAUUUUUCGGGAGGAUAAUUUUCCGACCGAAUUUCCAUACAAAUCCAAGGUGGUUCUGUUGUUCCAGAAGAUAGAAGGUGUAGAAGUAUGCUUGUUUGGGAUGUAUGUCCAAGAAUUUGGAUCCGAAUGUUCAUCUCCUAAUCAACGCCGUGUUUAUCUCUCAUAUUUGGAUUCCGUGAAGUACUUCAGACCUGAUAUUAAAUCUGCUAAUGGAGAGGCUCUGCGCACUUUUGUUUACCACGAAAUUCUUAUUGGUUACCUGGAAUACUGCAAAUUGCGUGGUUUCACGAGCUGCUACAUAUGGGCUUGUCCACCACUGAAGGGUGAGGACUAUAUCCUAUAUUGCCAUCCAGAAAUUCAGAAAACGCCAAAGUCUGAUAAACUACGAGAAUGGUACUUAGCAAUGUUGAGAAAAGCUGCAAAGGAAGGGAUUGUUGCGGAAACUACAAAUCUAUAUGACCAUUUUUUCUUGCAAACUGGUGAAUGUAGAGCUAAGGUUACAGCAGCUAGGCUCCCCUACUUCGAUGGUGACUACUGGCCAGGUGCAGCAGAGGAUAUUAUAUACCAAAUGAGUCAAGAUGAUGAUGGUAGAAAGGGAAAUAAGAAAGGAAUACUCAAGAAACCCAUUACAAAAAGGGCUCUUAAAGCAUCUGGCCAGUCAGAUUUCUCAGGGAAUGCGUCCAAAGAUCUGCUGCUAAUGCAUAAACUUGGUGAGACCAUUCACCCAAUGAAGGAGGAUUUUAUCAUGGUUCACUUGCAGCAUUGUUGCACGCAUUGCUGUACACUGAUGGUUACCGGAAAUCGUUGGGUUUGCAGCCAGUGCAAAGAUUUCCAGUUAUGUGAUGGGUGCUAUGAGGCUGAACAGAAACGAGAAGACAGAGAAAGGCAUCCUGUUAAUCACAAAGAUAAACAUAAACUGUAUCCUGUUGAGAUUGGCGAUAUUCCUGCAGACACUAAGGACAGAGAUGAGAUACUUGAAAGUGAAUUUUUCGAUACGAGGCAAGCAUUCCUGAGUCUUUGUCAAGGGAACCAUUAUCAAUAUGAUACACUGAGGCGGGCAAAGCAUUCUUCCAUGAUGGUGCUUUAUCAUCUGCAUAAUCCAACUGCUCCUGCCUUUGUGACAACAUGUAACGCAUGCCACCUCGAUAUUGAAAGUGGUCAAGGCUGGCGCUGUGAAGUUUGCCCAGACUAUGAUGUCUGCAAUGCUUGUUACAAUAAAGAGGGUGGCGUUAAUCAUCCUCACAAGUUAACUAAUCAUCCAUCACUAGCUGAUCAAAACGCUCAGAAUAAAGAAGCUAGGCAAUUGCGUGUCUUGCAGCUCAGGAAAAUGCUCGAUCUUCUGGUGCAUGCGUCACAAUGCCGUUGUUCACUUUGCCAAUAUCCCAAUUGCCGCAAAGUGAAGGGGCUAUUUCGACAUGGUCUCCGUUGCAAAAUACGUGCCUCAGGAGGUUGUGUUCUAUGCAAGAAAAUGUGGUAUCUCUUGCAACUCCACGCUCGGGCCUGCAAGGAAUCCAAGUGUGACGUACCUCGAUGCGGGGACCUAAAGGAACAUUUGAGAAGGUUGCAACAGCAAUCGGAUUCACGUCGCAGAGCUGCCGUCAUGGAGAUGAUGAGACAGAGAGCUGCAGAAGUCGCUGGAACCUCUGGUUGAUUAAUUUGUAUAUACUAAAUCUAUUUAGGAUCUAAGCAGAAGUGGAAAUGUAAUCUUCUUCCCAAGGUUAAGAAGAUUUUGUUUCUGAGCUCCACUUGAAGAAGACGAAGGAGAAGUGAAUUAACACCUGCUAGUGAAGGCACGUAAGAAGACAGGAAACAAACCCUAUAACGGUUUAAUUUAGAUGGAUUCAUAUUUAACAGACACAAAUCAUGGAGUAAUUAUGAUGAUGAUUGAUUGGGAGGGGGAACAAGCGCUUGUGUGAUUUUGAAGAGUUUCUCAGCUUUAAGUGCCAGUGAAGCAGAAGAAUCUUGGUAGAUGCUAACUUAGGAUCUGGGUCAGGUCGCGAAAAGGAAGAAAUCAGAUUCGAGACUCUUCGAUGCAGUUCAGUGUCUUGAUCUGGUGUGUGAUACUUUGAUUAUAUAUAUACAUACACUCUGUGUCUUUACUGCCUUCUUCUUCUUCUUCUUCCUGUUUUUUGGAGCCUGGUACAUUUUGUAAAAUGCCUUUAUACCUUUUGGUGGGGGAAUGUAAUAUAUAUACAUAGUGACAUAUUAACUUGCUAGCCAAGUAAGUUGAAGAGAGUAUCUAAUAAGGAUGCAUCUCUUACAUUUUU